AUGUCAUUGGAGACUUCAAGCGGGAGCUUCAUGCCAAGCACUGAUAUUGGACGGAACAUCAAACUAAAUAUGUUCCAUACUAGACAUUGUUCCAAGCCUCAGGAUACAGCAAAUCUCAUCUUAUUAAAGAGGUCGCUAAGGAUAUUCCUACACUUUACCUUUGCUUACGUCCUGCAGCAAGAAGAAGAAUGGCGACUUGCUUACAUUCUUUUUCAGUUAAUGAAUUUAUUUUACACAAAGAACAAAAGUUACUCGCCGGGCAGAUGUGAGGCUUACAGAUGGGGCUUUGGGAUCCUUCCUUCUGGACUGAGAAAGAUGCCAUUAAUCCAUUCAGACUCUUUUGAAGAGCUCUGUGACAGAUCAGCAGGCAGGGCAAAUGGAUGGGAUUCUUCAAACGACAAUGCAAAUGUGGACCAAGAAACUGGUAUGAUUCUUUUUACGCUCUUUAUCAAGCUCUUCACUAUGGAUGUAUUCCAGCAAAGUGAAAUCCCACUUGAUAUUACUGACCCAGAAGAUAGAGAAAUGUUUGCGCUGAUAAGAUUAAGAAGACCGUUAGGCUAUAGUUACUUAGAGAGUAACAAGAAAAAUCCCAGACACCUCAGAAAUUUGAUAGAACAUUUCAAAAUCAAGCUCCUUGGGGAAGUUGAUGAUCUGACACGUGCUGAUAUUACCCGCGCAAACAUCGCCAUUGUAUCUCUGCUGGCCUGUCUAGAGAUCUCAUCACAACUAACACUGGCAUCUGACCUUAUCGCAUCACAUGCGGCAAUAUGCUACGCAAUCUCAGAAGACAGGGAAAAUCUGUUGGUUGGUUACUCCUCAGAGCCGUUGUUGGCAGAAGUGGGAUUCUUCUUGAUUGAGGACAAAGGCAACUUGGUCAAAGUUCUAAAGACGUUCAACGAUUCAUUAAAGAAGGGUAUUGUGGAGCCUGGUCCACGUGAGGAAUUUGUGGCAUGA